AUGCAACGCCCCAUUAUCCAAGAUGUUUCGUUGUGCUUGCAGCCGGGCAAAAAUUAUCUCGUAUUGGGGCCUCCCGCUUCGGGCAAGUCAACCUUGCUCAAAGCGAUCGCGGGGCAGCUGAAAUCAUCGUCGACGGAAAAACUGGAAGGCCAGAUACUGUAUAAUGGACGGGAGUUGGAGCAGUGGUACAUUGAAAAUGCCUUUGCUUACAUUGAUCAACUAGACAAGCACGCACCACGGUUGACGGUCGACGAGACGUUCGAAUUUUCUUUUCAAUGUAAAACCGGAGGCACAUUUCAGCAAGCUCAGGAUCCACGCGUUUUGCAGGACCCCAAAGUUAUGACAGCGAUACAAGAAGCCGACCGGAGCAGACUCGGUGUGAAUAUGGUCUUGGCGAGUCUAGGGUUGACGGAAGUUCGCGAUACGUUUGUGGGGAACACUGCCGUUCGUGGGGUUAGUGGAGGCCAACGGCGGCGAGUGACCGUGGGGGAAAUGAUUACGUCUCGUCAACCUGUCCUUUGCGGUGACGAAAUUUCGACUGGUUUGGAUGCUGCGUCCACCUUUGACAUGGUGCAAGUACUCACUCACUUUGGAAAACUAGCGCAAAUGACACGAGUCUUUGCUCUGCUGCAGCCGAGUCCCGAGACUUUCAGUCUUUUCGACGAGAUCAUACUCGUGUCGGAAGGCUUGAUUUUGUAUGCUGGACCAAUCGACGAGGUAGAGGAUUACUUCGCUGAGCUUGGCUAUCGAUCUCCACAGUUCAUGGAUGUCGCUGACUUUCUACAAACGGUUUCUACCGAGGACGGUAAGAAACUGUAUCACCCUCAUGGAAGCAUUGUCUCGCAGCUUACCUUGUUGAAGCAAGUGAAGAAAAAGUACGCCAACUCCUUCUUUCGAAAUACGUGGUUGAAUCUGAAACGAUUCUUGUUGUUGUGGACGAGGGAUAAAAGAGUGAUUUUCGCCAGUGCAGUCAAGAACAUAUUGAUGGGUGUCAGUGUUGGCGGAGUAUUCCGCGACGUCGAUGACGAAGUCUCUAUUUUAGGGGCUCUUUUUCAAUCAGGUCUUUUUAUCAUGCUCGGGGCAAUGCAAAGUGCAUCUGGGCUAGUAAACGACCGCGUUAUCUUUUAUAAGCAAAUGGACGCCAAUUUCUUCUCGUCGUGGCCCUACACGCUGGGAAGAACUUUGGCAGGAUUCCCACAGACCAUCAUGGAUGUCUUCACGUUUGGGACAAUUCUUUACUUUAUGGUUGGACUUAGCGAUCGAGCUGUGACCGAAUAUUUCUUGUUUAUUGCAAUUUUAAUGACUUUUGCAAUGAUGAUGAAUAUGCAGCUAGCAGUGUUUGCAUCGUUCGCUCCAGACUCUCAGCUGCAAGUCUACAGUGCUUGUACACUACUGCUGCUAAUUCUGUUCGGUGGUUACAUUGUGGCGCCUGAUGCCAUCCCCUCGUUUUAUCUUUGGAUAUAUUGGUGGAAUCCUUUUGCUUGGGCUUAUCGUGCUUUGGUGAUCAAUGAGUUUCGUAGUUCACGAUGGGAUGAUCCAGACGCGACGCUUGCAGGGAUUGGUUUCGUGUACGGUAUAGAUUCUAGGCCAUUUGAACAGGACUGGCUGGGGUAUUGCUUCCUUUAUAUGACCAUUUACUUUUUCGGUUGCGUAGUUCUGACGGCUGUGAGUCUUGGCUACCGUCGGAGGGUCAAUGUACCCUUUAAACCUGUGACAUUGUCUUUUGCAGACGUUUGCUACGAAGUCAAAGCUUCAACAAAAAAUGAAACUCUAAAACUUUUGAAUGGUGUCAAUGGAAUUUUCCGAUCAGGACGCAUGUGCGCAUUGAUGGGAUCGAGUGGAGCAGGCAAAACGACAUUGCUGGAUGUGAUUGCUCUAAGAAAAAGGACUGGAUCAGUGACGGGUGACGUUCGGUUGAAUGGAUGGUCACAGGACAAAAUCUCGUUUUGUCGUUGCUCUGGAUACGUUGAGCAAUUUGACGUCCAGUCACCGGAGCUGACGGUUCGGGAGACAAUUCUGUUCUCUGCUCGGCUCCGCCUCGAUCGCGAUGUCGUCACAAGCGAAGAGGACCGGGAGGCUUUCGUCGACCAAGUCAUUGACGAUAUGGAACUUCUUCCUUUGGCUGAUUCGUUAGUUGGUAGUGACGAGGGAAUCGGUCUAAGUUUUGAGCAAAAGAAGAGGUUAUCAAUUGCGGUUGAACUCGCGGCUUCACCGUCUGUCGUCUUCCUGGAUGAGCCUACGAGUGGUUUAGACGCCCGAAGCGCUCUACUUGUGGUAAGGGCGCUACGCAAUAUUUCAGACAAAGGGCAAACCAUCGUCGCAACUAUUCAUCAACCAUCGUCAGCGAUUUUUGAGAUGUUUGACGAAUUGUUGUUGUUGAAACGAGGUGGGCAGGUUGUUUUUCAAGGAGACUUGGGAAAAGAUUGCUCGCGUUUAGUGAACUAUUUUGAAAAUUUGGGGGCAACAAAGAUCGAACUCGGGGAAAAUCCUGCGAACUGGAUGCUUCGGGUAAUUACAUCGGAAGACAUGGGUGAUCUUGCGCAAAAGUACGUCGAGUCAAAGGAGUACGCACUCCUGCGUAAAGAUCUGGAUGAAAUCAAGGCUGUCCAAGAUCCCGAGUUAAAAAUUGAGUACAAAGAUGAAUUUGCUGCCAGCAAGGCUGUACGACAGCUACUUGUCAACGGACGCCUACGCUUGAUCUAUUGGCGGUCACCAGCAUACAAUCUAUCUCGCUUGAUGGUAUCUAUGGUGAUUGCCUUUGUUCUAGGAUCGGUCUUUAUUCUUGUCCGGCAUCCAGAAAUCUACACCGAAGUGGAGAUGCGCUCCCGCCUGUCCGUAAUCUUUCUAACGUUCAUUAUCACCGGUAUCAUGGCCAUUCUUUCGGUAAUCCCCGUCAUGACCAAGAUUCGGGAGAUGUUUUAUCGCCACCAAGAUUCAGGAAUGUACGAUAGUGCCGCCAUUGGUUGGGCCCUCGGUUCGGCUGAGAAGCUUUUCAUUGUUCUGGCCACCACCAUCUUUACGGUUGUCUUUUUGAGCGUAGCGGGUAUGACCAAGUCGUUGCGUGGAUUGUUUGGGUUUUGGGGAUUCUUCACGUUCAACUUUGCGAUAUACUCCUACUUUGGACAGGCUUUCGUUUGUUUGGUUGAGAAUCCUGCAACGGCAUUAAUUUUGUCGAGUGUCUUUAUCGGCCUCAAUAACUUCUUUGCCGGUUUAAUUGUGCGUCCGCAACUGUUGGUUGGUUCGUUUUUUGCCUUUCCAUUUUACAUCACGCCCGGUCAAUACGUCUACGAAGGUAUGGUGACCAGUUUGUACAAGGGCAGUCCCAAAAUUGUAACGGCCGAUGUGGGCGGAGGCUUUUUCGAAUACUUGGUGGACACGGGCGUGUGUGUUCCGCAACAGCCAGAGCCGUGUCAGGGGACCGUGUCCGACUUUAUCGACGUCUUUUUCGGCGGCGUCUUUACGGACGAUCAUAUUUCUCGCAACGCACUGAUUCUGGGCGGUAUAUUGAUCUUGACACGAGUCUUGACCUUUGCCGGUCUCAAGUACAUUCGUUAUAAUUAGCUUACAUAACCGAAAAUACGUGAACACAGUG